AUAUGACUCUACCAGGGACAUAGGCCAAUAUAAAGUGUGGUCAUUGCUGUUUCGCAAUCAAUGUCUUCGGGAGUGGAUUAGGAAAAGCGGAUUAUCUACACGGAUUUUUGAGAAUAUCGUUGCCGUUGAAAUGGCUUCAGCGAAAGGCCCGGCGGUUGCGUUUCACAACCCCAUCUACAGCCUCAGCCCAGCUGCCUCUGGAAACGAUGCAUCGGUGGAAAUGUCAGGAUUUAACUCGGACGAUGUCUCAAUGGAUGACAUCCGGCUUAUUGACCAAUCAGCGUCUAUAUGGCAGAAAAUUAAGUCACACAAGCUGGUUUCCGGUAUCCUGACCCUAGUGGCUGUUGGCAUAGUGGUGGUCAUUUCAGUGGUGGCACUUUAUUAUACAGGAAACUUGUCCGGCCUAAGCUCACCUUUGGGGAGCAGGAGCGGGAAUCUCACCACAGCACCUACCACUACCCCACAUGUCACAACAACUUUGUCCAGAGCCUCUACCACGCAAAAAACAGCCGCAAAAACGCCAACGACCACAACAACUUCGUCCAGAGCCUCUACCACGCAAAAAACAACCGCAAAAACGCCAACGACCACAACAACUUUGUCCAGAGCCUCUACCACGCAAAAAACAACCGCAAAAACGCCAACGACCACAACAACUUUGUCGAGAGCCUUUACCACGCAAAAAACAACCGCAAAAACGCCAACGACCACAAAAACUUCGUCCAGAGCCUCUACCACGCAAACAACAGCACCAAAAACGCCAACGACCACAACAACAACAACGACGACGACAACAACAGUUAUGCCUCCGACAACAACAAUUGCAGCACAGAACAAAUGUGUUUCAAAUGUCUUUUUCGACGAGGUGUGUUCAGCUUUGGCAGGCUGGAAGACGACGAUAAGGCCAAACUUAAUGAACCAGACGAAAUUCCUUGUAGCUCGGGAUGCGGUGAAGGCGAUUCAAUCCAUGUCUCUACAUGAUAGCCCUAUUUGCGACAGAAGGAUCCUGGUACACUUCGCCUGUGCCGUCUACUUCCCAAAGUGUGUAAACGACCAGGCCGUGUUGCCCUGCAAGGAGUACUGCAUUGAUACAUACAAAUUCUGUUACGGCCUCACUGCGCUCGAUUCCCUCAUGUCUGAAUGCAUCAGGAACUACCCCUCGAGAUCCCCUGGUGGUACAUGCGUCCGACAACCGCAACUGUUCAACUGUAGUGCAGGUGAGUUCAUGUGCAUGAAUGGGCCAAUGGUCUCCAACAAGACUACGUGCAUCCAAGCAGACAGGCGCUGUAACUACCAGUACGAUUGCUUAGACCUGUCAGACGAGAAGAACUGCAAUAGAACUUGUCCUUUAGAAGAAUACAGUUGCAAAAAUGGCAGCCGAAGUAUCUUGAAUCCAUCCUCGGUCUGCAUCAAGGUCUCCGAGCGCUGUGACGGCAAGAACCAUUGUAGUGAUGGCAGCGACGAGAUGGACUGUGAUGGCGACUGCGGAAAGGAUUGGUUCAAAUGCGAAAAUGGUACCGACACCAUCACAGGAGGGCAUUGCAUCAACAUGACCCGCCACUGUGACGCCAUCAAGGACUGCACAGAUGGCUCGGAUGAGAAGCAUUGUCCGGAGAGACAGUGCCAUAAACAUGAGAUGAAAUGUGACCGCGGCAUUAACAGAUAUACUAGAACAAACUGCCUCCUGAAUAUUUACGCAUGUGAUCGGGACAAAGAUUGUUAUGAUGGCUCCGACGAGUCAGGUUGUAACUACACAUGCAGGGCUGGUUUCUUCGGCUGCAAGACGGGAAAGUUAGCAAUAAAUCCAUUUUACGGUUACUGCAUCAAUAGCACAAUGGUAUGCGAUGGGAUGGCCGAGUGCGAGGACUUUAGUGAUGAGUUGAAUUGCAAUGGGACCUGUCCUAAUGGCGGAUUUAGAUGUUUGAACGGCACUGCUAAGUACUCAUCCCCAAUUAGCUCUAGGAAAUCACACUGUUUGCCGCGAUUCUACAGGUGCGACGGAAUAGGACAGUGUGAAGAUAACAGCGAUGAAAAGAACUGCAAUCGGACUUGUAAACUCAGCGAGUUUCGAUGUGAGAAUGGGACUGAUGUUAACAACGGCGAUGACUGCGUGACCCGCUACGAGCUGUGUGAUAAAGUUAACCAGUGUAGUGACGGCAGCGAUGAAAAGAAUUGUAAAUACAUGUGCCUCCAGGGGGAGUUUAUGUGUGAACAGGGGUCAAAGUCGGGUAACAUGAGUGGCUACUGCAUCUUCGCAAAUCAAAAGUGCGAUGGCAUCGCGCAGUGCGAAGACGGGAGUGAUGAAAAAGGAUGUACGAACAUUAUCUGUCCUGAAAAGUUCAAAAGAUGUCGGAACGGGACCGAUAAAAUUGGUAACCAGUGCAUACCGGAUGAUGAAUUUUGUGACAAAAAGUUCGACUGCUCCGAUAAAUCAGAUGAGUUAAAUUGUACUUUUAGGUGUUCUGGUAACUUUAGUUUCGAGUGCGCAAAAAGCCCUGCUGUGACAAGGCGCGUUGGGGUUCCCCCUUACUGUGUUCAUUGGUAUCAGCAUUGCAACGGUCCCAAAGACUGUAUAGACGGAAGUGACGAGCUGAACUGUGCGUCCGUACCGUGUCCACCGCAACAUUUCCGCUGCUUGAAUGGGAAGGACUGGUUACACGGCGACUACUGUAUCAGGGGACAGUAUAAAUGCGACAGGACGCGCGACUGCACGGACGGUAGCGACGAGCUGGCAUGCACCUACCGCUGCCCUACCGGCCAGUUUAAGUGUCAAAAUGGAAGCAUCAUGACCUCGCCCGGGCGUGGGUACUGCCUUGCGGAGGACAAAGUCUGUAACGGAGUCCACGAUUGUGCCGACGGGUCCGAUGAGUUAGACUGCAAAAAGAAGAACUGCUCGGAUUCUGAAUUCCGCUGCAAGAACGGCACCAACAAACACAGCGGAUCCACUGACUUCUGUAUCAACAAGGACUACACCUGUGACCGCGAUUUCGACUGCACGGACAGGAGUGACGAGGCGCCCAUCUACAACUGCACGUACUCGUGCUCGCCCGGGUACUUCUCAUGCAAGAAUGGAACAAGGACAGUGGGAUUUGGUCACUGCAUCCCGGGCUACUACGUCUGCGACAAAUGGGCGGAUUGUAUAGACCACAGUGACGAAAAGCUUUGUAACCAUCGGUGUAGCGAUAACGAGUUUAAGUGCCUGAAUGGAUCAGACCUGGCCAACCAAAAGGUUUGUACGAAGCGUGUUUAUCGUUGUGACAAGAAGAAAGACUGCUCUGACAACAGUGAUGAGGAGGCUUGCAAUUACGUCUGCCCAAAUGGCACCGUGAAAUGCCACAUUGGCGUUCUCAAAUCAGGGCGUGGCUUCUGUUUCAACACGAAUCAGGAUUGUGACGGCAAGAUCGACUGCGCAGAUGGGAGUGAUGAAAGAGACUGCGGUGCGAAGCAGUGCCCCACGGAUCACUUCAGAUGCCUAAAUGGUAAAGCUAUUGCCAGUGGAUCCUACUGCAUUUACAAGGAUCUCCGUUGCAACCGCAAACAAGACUGUUCAGAUGGCAGUGACGAAAGGGACUGCCCGCCUUACGCAUGCCCGGAUGGAAAGUUCAAGUGUGCGACGGGUUCGGCCUCCUUGAGAUACGCCCCGUAUCAAGGCUUUUGUGUCAACGCUACGUCUCGCUGUGACGGUUACUUCGACUGCGCGGACAGGAGUGAUGAAAAUUCUUGCAACGUGACAAAAUGUCCCACCGGAGAGUUCCUCUGCAACGGGGAACAUGCAACAAACAAACAUAACGGGCAUCGUUGUUUACCUUUGUCGUACAAAUGUGAUCGCGACCCAGACUGCACGGACAAAAGUGACGAAUGGAACUGCACGUACACGUGUCCUAACAUAAAUCAAGUUGCAUGCCAACAGGGAACACUUAGGCGGUUCCCGUUUUACGGAUUCUGUAUCAACAGGGCUGAAACGUGUGACGGAUUUUUAGACUGUGUUGAUGGUUCAGACGAGAAGGACUGCGGUAGGCGCUGCCCCGCGAACAUGUGGGCGUGUAAGAACGGGGUGAGUGUCUACACCAUGUCCAGGUGCAUCAAAAGUACCUACAAGUGUGACAGAGAUCGCGACUGUACAGACGGCAGUGACGAGGCGGAGUGCACCACCGCCUCGUGCAUCUUUGGUAACUUUACCUGCAAGAUUGGCACGACGAACUACAGGCCAUACCAAAGGUGUACGCCAGUCUCUACAAGAUGCGACGGAAGCUGGCACUGUAUGGACGGAAGCGAUGAAAAGGGUUGCAACAAGGCGUGUAAUGCAACGGAAUUCAAAUGUGCACAGUCGUUAGCCGCCGCGGACGGGGAGCGAUGCAUCAACUUGAACCACAAAUGCGACAGGAUCGAGGACUGUCUGGAUAAAAGUGACGAGAAGGACUGCAGUUAUCAGUGCCCCGCCUCCGACGACUUCAUGUGCACAAGUGGCGCCAUUAACAGCACCUUCCUUAGAGAGCGUCGCUUCUGCGUAAAUAAGACGCAGCGAUGUGACAAAAAAGUGGACUGUAGAGAUGGAAGCGAUGAAAAGGACUGCAUCAAAUGUGCCCCGACUGAAUUCAAGUGUACCAACGGCACCAAGAAAGGAGACUCUACGGAAUGUAUUGAUGCGGAGGUCAGGUGUGACAGGGUUGAAGACUGCACUGACAGUAGCGACGAGAAGGCAUGUAACUAUACCUGCGACCCCACUAUCUAUUUCAAGUGUGCCACUUCCACGAUUGUGACUGCCCCAUAUAGAGGAUUUUGUGUCAAAAUUUCACAGAAAUGUAAUGGGUUGUACGACUGUCGCGACAAAAGCGAUGAGGCAAACUGCUCCUGUCCAUCCGGACAUUUUCUCUGUAAAAUUGGUGCAAACAUCGACGGCACGGGGCGAUGUAUUCCUAACGCGAAAAAAUGUGAUAAGAAGCAAGAUUGUACCGACAAUAGCGACGAAGAUGGCUGCUCAUCGGGCUAGAGGGUUUUGGCAAUUUCAACAACUUUUGAUAUGUUUCGUUCUUCACAGUAAAUUAUUGGUCAACAAGCUAAAGCCUCAAUAAACUAAUCACCUAAAUUGAACAGGCAGAAUGGCAUCCACCGCCCAUAAACCUGUAUCUCCAGGUUCAGAAACUGUCUCAGAUCAGAGAACGAUACUAUUUUGAACACCAUUCAAUCGGUCAAGGCCUGCGAGCGCGAGUUUUAAUGAUCUCAAAAUUUGUUUUGCGUGUUGUUGGACAUGAAGUUUGUCUAUAUCCGAAUGUGUUCGUGUUGGCUACUGAUUUGCAAGUGACCCAACUUCAGCCGAAAAUGAUGAUUUCUACAAGUGACGUGUCUCAAUUCUAAUACGUAAAUGUUUUGGCAAACCUGUUAAUCGUUGCGACUAUUUGCGAUUUGAUUCUUUAAAAAUUUCACGGUCAUUGCAUUGGGUUUGUAAGGGAGGAAAAAACGCUAUUCACAUGUUUACAAGUUAGCAUGUGUACUGUGUUCAGUACGAACAAUUUUAUUAUUUUUAUACUUAUUAGGAGUUAACUGUGAUGUCGUCGUAUAAGCUUAUUUGCAUCUUGUAUUAUUUACUCAAGAAUCGAUACGAUAUAGUUAAUCAUACAAGAGUGUUUCAAAUAUUUGAAAGACUAUGAUCAUAUCAACGAUAUUGGGUACCCUACAAUGCAAUUACAUGUGUGUGUUCAGAAUACUUAACAAAAAUCUAUAUUAGAGGGGUACUUUCAGUUCCUAGCAUUCAGUUUAACCAGAGUCUUUCAUAUAAUUUAUUUGAAAGAAUCUUACCUAUGUAUGCGGCGGUAAAAUCAAAUGUAAAUUUGUAGAGUGAUAUAAAAUUUUAUAAAAUUUGACUGAUAAAACCAGAGCAUGUUGUUUAUCGAUAGCUACACUUCAUUAUCUGCUAGAGUAAACUAUGAAAAGUAUUUCACUCUUCAAGAAUUUUAUCUUGGUAUUACGACCUCAUCAAAUUGUCAGAAUGAACGGAAUAUAACGGCACGUGAUAAAAUCAUGCUAAUUUCCAAUUUAAGGUACAUGUAGUAGUAGCAGAAGAUAAUGCCGGACCGACACUAAUGCUAAUAUAGAGUUACUCUUUAGAGGGCAGUUCUGGCAUGCAUCUAGCAUGUGAACAGGAAUGCAAACUUUUGUGUCAACUCGAGAGUGUAUAUCUCUGGCGCCCUCUCACAUAAACCAUGUAGCCUAUCUCCUGUUGGUCCUCCCUUCAAUUCAAAAACAUCUUCGCAACUAUUCUUGUUUUUGGCAUGAUUUUAUCAUGUGCAAUCGUAUAUCGUUCAUUCCGUUUGUUCUGUCAAUUCGACGAGGCCUGAUAUUUAUAACCACUUGCUCUCGUUUCCUUGAGAGUUGUUGAGCGAUUGAGGGCGAUAUAGGCCUACACAGUUUGAGACCUCUUGUUAUUUCCUAUUGUCUUGAAAAAUAUUCCUUUAAUCCGUCCAUCUCAUGAACUAAAUGUACUUUGCAGGUAAUCAUGUGCCGGCAAAACAACCUCUGUGACAUUUUUUAAAGUUUAUAUGCAGGAACGUCAAUUGGCAUGAUUUACGUACAUGUACUGAUGCCCUUCUUGAAACACUAGGGAAACCAGGCUUACUGAACAGAUGAAGAAAUACACACUUAUCCGAAUUGACAUCACAUCAGAGUCUUCAAAUAAACUCUGAGAACAUAUUGUGUCAAACAUACUUACUAAAUAGUACAUGCUAGUUCCUCUUUCGUUAAGUAGGUAUCACCCUUAGUAUUUCAAGGAGGGUAGAGUGAGGAACUGUGAUAAGUAAUACUAGCAAAAUUUUGAUGUAAAUACUGAAUAAUUAUAUUAGUAUGCGUGUGUUGUGUAUAAUUAUUUAAACGUGUCUGUAUUUUAUUGAAUAAAUGCCUCUCAGAAAUCUAUUAAAGGAACA